AUGGACUUUAAGAUGCAGUCUAGAUCUAACAGUCUGCUGGACUUCCAGACACGCCCCCGGCCCUGCAGCCCCCGGCCCUACAGCCCCCGGCCCUGCAGCCCCCGGCCCUGCAGCCCCCGGCCCUGCAGCCCCCGGCCCUACAGCCCCCAGCCCUGUAGCCCCCAGCCCUGCAGCCCCCAGCCCCGGCCCUGCAGCCCCCGGCCCUACAGCCCCCGUCCCUGCAGCCCCCGGCCCUGCAGCCCCCAGCCCCUGGCCCUGCAGGGGGCCUUUUGCCUCUUGCUGGGACUCCCCCCCUCCCCGCCUGCUACGCCCUGCCUCCGUCGCCAUGGGAGACGGCCUGGAGGCGGGCAGCAGUCUAGACCCCGCCCCCGCUCCCUCUCCUGUAACCCCCCGCCCCCCGAGACAUGGAACCCCUCGAGGCCCAAACGACAGACCAACCAGCUACAGUACCUGUUGAAGGUGCUGCUGAAGACGCUGUGGAAACAUCACUUCUCAUGGCCCUUCCAGGCUCCCGUAGAUGCCAUCAAACUCGGCCUGCCUGAUUACUAUCAGAUCAUCAAGGUUCCUAUGGACAUGGGGACCAUCAAGAAGAGACUGGAGAACAGCUACUAUUGGAACGCCCAGGAAUGUAUACAGGACUUCAACACCAUGUUCACCAACUGUUACAUCUACAACAAGCCUGGUGAUGACAUAGUGUUGAUGGCAGAGUCUCUAGAGAAGAUGUUUCUUCAGAAGAUCUCUGAGAUGCCCCAAGAGGAGACUGAGAUCGCCAUGGUUACCAAGGGGCGGAGGGCGGGACAGAGAGAAGCAGGUCUCCUGUCUAAGUCGGACUCCGGCCAGGACUCAUCUCCCUCCUCCACCCCCCACACCCGAGGUUUCUCCUCCCCGUCGCCGGGCCCUCAGACUCGGGGUCUCCCCGUAUCCCAGGAGCCCCCACCCUCCCCCUUGCCCUCCCCCUCAGCCCCAGCCCCCUCGCGUUCCCCCCACCCCUCCCUCCCACGCCCCCAGCUGGGACCACCCUUCCCCAUCAGCCCUCUGGAUAUCCUGGCCCAGGGCCUCACCUCCGUACCCCACCACCCCCCAGCCCACCCUGCUGCCCCACCCAUCCCCCAGAGCAUCGCACCCCCAGCUAAGCAGAGGAAGAGCCAGAAGAGGAAGGCUGACACCACCACACCCACCGCCAACGACCAGCUCAGCGAGUCGUCUCCCGUGGCGACGGAGCCCCCCCGACCCCGCCGUGAGAGCAGCAGCCGCCCGCUGAAGCAGCCCAAACGAGACCCCGCCCAGCCCGACUCCCAGCACCACCUGGGGCUAGGCGGGGGGGUUCCCGGGGGCGGAGCGUUAACAAGUCACGGCGGGAGCCCCAAACGACAGGAGCAGCUGCUGUUCUGUGGCGGUCUUAUCAGAGACAUGUUGUCUAAGAAACACAUUGCGUACGCGUGGCCCUUCUACAAGCCUGUCGACGCGCACGCCCUCGGCCUCCACGACUACCACCACAUCAUCAAACACCCUAUGGACCUCGGAACCGUCAAGGAUAAGCUGGACAGCAGGCAGUACAGAGAUGCUCAGCACUUUGCUGCUGAUGUCCGGUUGAUGUUCUCCAACUGUUACAAAUACAACCCCCCAGACCAUGACGUGGUCAAUAUGGCACGCAAACUACAGGACGUGUUUGAGAUGCGCUUUGCCAAAAUGCCAGACGAGCUUGAGGAGACGGCCCCCUUCCCCUCCCCAGCCCUCAAACCCCUCCCCACCAUCUCUGCCCUCCAACCCCUCCCUGUCCCCACCCUCCACCCCCUCCCCACCCCCUCGGCCAGACAGCCCCCUGCUCCCCGACCCCCUUCCUCCUCCGAUGACAGCUCCUCCUCGUCGGAAUCAGAAUCCUCUGAGGGAGGUUUGGAACACGAGAGAUCACAGAGACUGGCUGAACUACAGGAACAGCUCAAAGCUGUUCACGAACAGCUGGCCGCUCUGUCCACGCCCCAGGCCACCAAGCCCAAGAGAAAAGAGAGGGAGAAGGAGAAGAAUAAAGACAAGUUCAAGAAGAAGAUAGGAGGGGAGGAGCCACCGGAGAUCCCGCCCCCUGCCGUCCUCCAGCCAAUCAGAAAGAGCAAAAACAGCAAGGAGCUGGUGACCACGCCCAAGAAGAUCAAGAAGCCCAGUAAGAAAGGAAGUAUGAAGAGCAGUCGUCUGGGCGCCCCACAUCAGACCGGCUCCACCCCCCUUGCCCCCUCAGCCUCGCUGGAGGCAGGAGAUGACAUGAGUGUGUUUGUGGGCGGGGCAGCUGACAGGUGUAAGCCAAUGUCCUACGAGGAGAAACGCCAGCUCAGUCUGGACAUCAAUAAACUGCCCGGCGACAAGCUUGGCCGCGUCGUCCACAUCAUCCAAUCACGAGAGCCAUCGCUCAAGAACACCAACCCAGACGAGAUAGAGAUCGACUUUGAGACGCUGAAACCCUCGACGCUCCGAGAGCUGGAGACAUAUGUCUGGACCAGCCUUAGAAAGAAGAAGAAAUCACAGCCAGCAGUAGAGAAGGCUCUGGAGGUGACCAGUGUGAUGAAGAUGAAGACAGGAUCUUCAUCAGGCAGCAGUGACUCCUCUGACAGCGACGACACAGGGCUGGCCCCCCAGCAGCAAAAGUCCUCCUCUAACAAUAUAUACUGUAAGAGACCCCACCAGUCCAGCAGGGGCGGGGUCAGCAUCACUGCCCCUCUGGACCCCUCCUCCCCCAGACCCCCUAGUUCAGUCCAAACCCCCAGCAGCAGCAUCAACACCCCUUCGCCCCCCCCUCCUCCUCCCUCCAUCCCCACUGUCCCUGUGACCUCUCUGGACUCCUCUUUGACCUUUGACCCCCUAGCUCACUUCCUGGCCCCCCAUCUGAACCAGCAGGUGGGGGAGCCCCCCCGUAAUGAACUGGGGGCCCCUGCCGCCGGACCCCCCCACCUCAACGCUACCAACACACACACCUCUGAGAGCACACAGCCCUUCCUCAACCAGCAGGCCGUCAUUCCCUCCGUCAUGCUCUCCCCAGCACUCCACAACGCUCUCCCUCAGCAGCCGUCCCGCCCCAGCAACCGAGCGGCCCCCAAACCCCCUCAGCCUCCCCCUCCUCCCUCUCCACCCCCUCCACUCCUCCUCCCCCCCAGCCCUCCCUCCACAUUCCCCAACCGUCCUUCCCCGCCCUUGUGUCCCCUCUCCCCCCACCCCCCACGGAAUCCUGGGGGUCUCGGCCCAACCCCUCAAGCGCUAUUUGAGGACGACGAGGAGGCGUGCCCACUAACUCUGAAACCCCUCCCCUCCCGCUCAGCCAGGUGCACAUGUACCUGCAGUCGUCUCGGCCCCCGGCACACAUACACCCCCACACACAGUCUCCUGUGCGGGUCCAGUCUCAGCUCAUGUCCCGGCCCCCGGCCCACACACAGUCUCCUGGGGGGGUCCAGUCCCGGGCCCCGGCCCACAUACAGUCUCCUGGGCGGGUCCAGUCUCAGCUCAUGUCCCGGCCUCCGGCCCACACACAGUCUCCUGGGCGGGUCCAGUCCCGGGCCCCGGCCCACAUACAGUCUCCUGGGCGGGUCCAGUCCCGGGCGCCGGCCCACAUACAGUCUCCUGGGCGGGUUCAGUCUCGGCCCCCGGCCCACACACAGUCUCCUGGGCGGGUCCAGUCUCAGCUCAUGUCCCGGCCCCCGGCCCACACACAGUCUCCUGGGCGGGUCCAGUCUCGGCCCCCGGCCCACACACAGUCUCCUGGGGGGGUCCAGUCUCGGCCCCCGGCCCACACACAGUCUCCUGGGGGGGUCCAGUCUCGGCCCCCGGCCCACACACAGUCUCCUGGGCGGGUCCAUUCUCAGCUCAUGCAGGCCAUGCAGACUCAGUCACAGGCAGCGGCCGCUCCAACCCAGCAACAGCAGAGGCUCGCAACACAUUCUCACUCACACCCUCCCACACACCCUCACUCACACCCUCACUCACACACUCACGCACACAUGCAGCAGGCGGGACAGGGGAUGUCGUUCCCCCAGCAACAGAGCACCAUGCACCUGGCACAGAAAGGGAUCAAGCAGAUACUACAUCCACAACCAUCACCACGGAUCAAAACUGAGCCUUUCAACACAGGUCCUCUGAGGGAGAGCCCCUCCCCUCUGAUGAUACAUUCUCCCCAGAUGCCUCAGUUCCCACCAAUGAGACAGUCCCCUUCCCAGCCCAA